AUGGAUAGUAAUCAAUUACAAGACCAGAUAGACAAGAAGUUGAGAAUGAAUCGAGAUGAAGAGAACAAAGCGAGCGGUGCUGGAGAAGGUGGUCCGCCUCCACAAGGAACAAAUGAAACCCCCAACAAAGGAACUGGAGAUGCGGAAGCCAGAGGUACAAAUAAUCAAUUGGAAGAUCCUGCCCAAGAAUUGGCGACUCAACCUCCAACAAAGACACAACCAAAGGGCAAGGCAAAGGCAAAGGUGGUAGGCCCAAUUCGAAUCAAACCACUUACACACCAACAAGAACAGAUCAAGCUGGAAGAAGAGAAAGAAGCGGUAGCCCAGUCUAGGUUACUCGAGGAGAAAAUCACAAAUGAACGAGCGGAGAAGCGGAUAGAAGAGUUAGAGAGACUGUUGAGGGAUAGAGAAGCAGACGAGUCAGGAGAUGAAGAGGAAAUGCUUCCACAUGUGGAAAUGCCUCUUGGAAGGAGAUGA